UUGGCCUCACACCCUAACUGAAAUUUAAUCAUACUCUUCUUUACAUAUAUACACUACUUAUUCUUAUAUGCUAGCUGAGCCAGAAUCAACAACAUACCAAAUAAUUCCAAUUCCAUUUUCUCUGCACUUUUGCAUUUGAAAAUGGAACUUCCUUCCUCUUCUACAAUACUAAUUGGACUCUCUUUGGACCCAAAUGAUAGCAAGGAACUUCUAUCAUGGGCAUGGGCAAUAAGAGUUUUAGCUAAUCCAAAUGAUACCAUUGUUGCUGUGCAUGUUCUUGUAGCAGAGAAUAUGAAGAAACGUGUAUCAGUGAGAAGAAGACAAUCACAACUUAGGCAAGCAAAAGCAUAUGUUAUAUCUGUGCUUGGAGAAUUUGCACAGACUUGUUGGUCCAAACAGGUUAAUUUGGAGGCAAAAGUGGCAUUGAGUUCCACAGUAGGUGGUGGUUUAGUGGAGGAAGCCAAGUCAAUUUCUGCUGAUUUUCUUCUUCUUCUUGGCGGAACAAGAAACAAAACAAUUAAAAUUGGCACCUCUAAAGGAAUUACCAAUUAUUGCUUUGAGCAUGUGCAUGAAGGCUGCACAAUUGUCUCAGUUGGAAGGAACACAAAAACAGAACAGAAUAUCAAUUCAACAGAUUUUCAAGAAAUGAAUCAACAGAACAGUUCACCUAGAACAGUACUUCUAGAUGGACUACUAGAGGGACAAUCCAACAGCACAGAAGAUGACACAUUUAGCACUAGAGCAUCAAGCUUGACAUAUACACCUUCAUCUGGUCCUAAGAUUAAGAGAAAAUCACAAUUAUCAUUCAGGUUCAUAAUAUCGUUUCUUGGUUCACCAUUCAGAAUAAAAACCUUCAACAUGUCCAAAAUUGAAAAACAUCAACCCUUGUUGAAUUGCUUCAGCUAUGAAAAUAUAUCAAAUGCUACUAAUGACUUUCACCAAGAUAAUUUAGUUGGAAGAGGAGGGUACUCAGAAGUAUACAAAGGUGAUCUUUGUAAUGGAGAAACCAUUGCUGUGAAGAGAUUAGCCAAAGACAACAAAGAUCCAAACAAGGAAAAAGAAUUCCUUAUGGAGUUGGGUAUUAUUGGACAUGUUUGUCAUCCUAAUACUGCAUCUUUAUUGGGCUACUGCUUUGAAAAUGGGCUUUAUCUGAUUUUCAAUUACUCUCAAAAUGGAAACUUGUCAACUGCAUUGCAUGGUUAUGGUAAAGCAGGAAAUUCACUUGACUGGCCAAUAAGAUACAAAAUAGCUAUUGGAGUUGCAAGGGGACUCCAUUAUCUUCAUAAAUGUUGCAAACACAGAAUAAUUCAUCGUGACAUUAAAGCCUCCAAUGUUCUUCUUGGUCCUGAUUAUGAACCACAGAUUACUGAUUUUGGACUAGCAAAGUGGCUUCCUAACAAAUGGACUCACCAUGCUGUAAUCCCUGUUGAGGGAACAUUUGGAUAUUUAGCACCAGAGGUCUUUAUGCAUGGUAUUGUGGAUGAGAAAACUGAUAUAUUUGCAUUUGGUGUUCUUCUUCUUGAGAUUGUAACUGGAAGAAGACCUGUUGAUUCAUCAAAGCAAAACAUUCUCCUAUGGGCUAAGCCUCUGAUGGAAUCAGGGAAUAUUGCUGAGCUGGCAGAUCCAAGAAUGGAAGGUAGAUAUGAUGUAGAGCAACUGUAUAGGGUAGUCCUAACAGCUUCAUAUUGUGUUAGACAAACUGCCAUUUGGCGUCCCGCAAUGACCGAGGUGUUAGAGCUGCUAACCAAUGGACAAGACUAUGAAGUUGGAAAGAGUUGGAGAAUCCCAAAGUUCACUUCUGAUGAAUUGGAUGAUUACUCUAUGAUUUUUGGGUAUGAUGUCCCCUCAGACAUAUCUCUAGAGGAUUAUUUGUGAGGAUGAAAAGUAGAUUAGUUUCAAAGUUUGUUGGCAUAUACAAUAUUUGAGGUUUCAGAGAGGAGUAUGUUGUAAUGAAGUUGAAGAUUAGAAGUUGGCUGAUUAUUUUUGUAACUUAAUAACAUAUGAGAAUGUUAGAAUAUGAAAGCAUGAGAACAAUUAAUCUUCACAAUGGAUGGAUGGUUAAGAUUAUUUUCUUUUUUAUAUGAAAAAAGGCCAGAAGAUGAUAUAUUAAAA